AUUGUGCUUUUAUUAGAAGCUGUGCUGGAAAAAUAGCAGAUUAUACAAUUAUAAGUAAAGACAUAUUUGGUUAAACAAUCACAGAACCAUGUCUUUCUUCCAAAUAAAAUAUCCAUACGCAUACAUACACACAAUAUCCUGAACUGUACUUUACGGGGUUUAAACAUUAAUGGGCGCUGAUUAAAGGUCGUCCUGCAGCAACAUUUAUGCAAAAAGAGCAAACCAUCUCCUGAACAUGGCGGACUUUGGAGAGAUUCUCUGCACUAUAGGAGAGUUUGGAUUAUUUCAGAAGAUUACUCUUUUUGGUCUUUGCUUCCCUAAUCUUAUUUUGCCUUUUCACUUUGCCAGUGUAUUUUUUAUUGAAUCAGAUCCAGAGCGACACUGUAACACAGACUGGAUCCUUCAGACAGACUCUAACCUGACCACAGAUGAGCAGCUGAACUUGACUCUACCCCGAGAGGAUGACGGGACCUUCAGCAAGUGUCAGAUGUUUGUCCCUGUGAACUGGCCUAUCGGUGCCAUCAGGGAGUACGGACUCAAUGACACCACAGGGUGCCAGAAUGGAUGGGUUUACUCUAAAACGCUUUACAAAGCCACCAUAGUUACUGAUUUUAAUCUAGUUUGUGACCAGAGUCAUUUGUUGGAAUUAGCUCAAGCAGGGUUGAUGGCUGGCAUACUUUUUGGUUGUCUCUUAUUUGGACCUUUUGCUGAAUCGUUUGGUCGUAAACGAGCUGCUCAGAUUCCAGUCGUUGUGAUGGUCAUAUUUACUGUAACGACUGGAUUAUGUCCAAACUUCUUUUUGUAUAUGGCAUCCCAGUUCAUUCUGGGAAUUGGCUAUGGUGGUUAUCGACUGAACGGUGUCAUAUUGGCCACUGAGUGGAUCGGGGUGUCCAAAAGGUCAUGGGGAGCAUGUGUGACUCAGCUAUUUGGUGCAGUUGGACAGUGCCUUCUCGCUGGUAUGAUGUACUUCGUCAGAGACUGGAGACUGGCUCAACUAAUAACAGCAGCUCCACUUGCAUUUGUUGCUAUUUACAUAUGGUUUAUACCAGAGUCAGCCAGGUGGUUGUUGGACAGAGGAAGGACAGAAGAGGCUAAACUGCUGAUUACCAAAGUGGCAGCCAUUAACAAAUGCACUGUUUCAGGCUCUCUUCUGGAAAAGAUUGUUGAGAAAAAAACUGUGAGAAAGGGAGGCAUAAUUAUUCUCAUGCAAUCAUCUGUGCUUAGGAAGUAUUUCUUAACCAUAAUAUUGGCAUGGUUCUCCUUGAAUGUUACCUACUACUCCCUAUCAUUCAAUGUUGGAAAACUUGGCUUGGACGUCUUCUUGACGCAGUUUAUAUUUGGUCUGACUGAACUCCCAGCUCAUAUCCUUUGCAUCUGGCUGUUGGAAGCGCUGGGGAGAAAAGUGUCACUGAUGGCAACUCUUCUGUUGGGGGGAUUCUUGUGCAUCUUAAUCCUAGCUGUUCCUCAAGAUAAUGCUGUUGCUAUUACCUCGCUAGCAACUUCAGGACGUUUUUUCAUUAACUGGGCAGGAUCCAUAUGCAAUGUAUAUGUGCAGGAGCUGUUCCCAACAUCUUUUCGACAAACAGCCUCUGGUUUGGGCUCCAUUGCAAGCAGAGUCGGUGGCUUGCUGGCUCCACUGCUGAACAUGCUGGCUGUGUACCACUGGUCCAUACCCACCGUAGUCUUCAGCUGCCUGACACUGGUCAGUGGAGCCCUGAGCUUCCUCCUUCCUGAGACCAGGAGAAAAGAGCUUCCUGAUUCAACUGAUGAGGCUGAGGGCAACACAAACAAAAAGAAGAACCAAAGUGAAACACAGAAGUUUUCUCAAAUCUUAUCUACCGAACUCUAGACUGUAGACUUGAAUAUAUCUCAUGUUCCAUGUCCCUCUGCUAGCACUAGAGACAGGUGGUUAAUAGUUUGCUUCGUCAUACAACUACUGGCCUCAUUUGCCUAAACCUAAAACUAUUUUACAGUAGAGUUCAGCAAUAUAUGAAUAUUAUAUCUUUAGUGUGAUAUGAGCAUUAAGUUUUGUCAAUCGUAAUAUAAUAAAGUCUGCCUGAAAUUUAAGUGAUAAAUGUAAUAUUCUCACUUUACCAGACUCAUAGCUGUUCCAUUAUUUUUACCCACUUAGUCAUUAAUUCCACAUUACUGAUGAUUAUUAAUCAAAAACCUCAUUGGGAAAUGCAUUAAUAGUAACCAUAUAAUGUGUAACAAUAGUGAGAUAGUAUUGUCUAUUUUAGAGCCACCAUGUCGCUUGUACACAAGAAAUUGUAAUUGGAAGAUUUCUUUGAAACUUACUGAGUACCUUUGUAUGUUUUCCACUAGACACUCCAUUGCUUUUCUUAUUCUGCCACACUCAGGUCAAUUGUUGUUACACAAUAUAUUUCAAAGUCCAAUGAGCUGAUAUCUUUGGAAAUUAGUGACAUAGUUCAUGUGCACAAGGCCUUUUAAUUGUUAUGAGAUUAUGACUCAACCUCUUGUGCCACCCUCAGGACAAUCAUUUCUUUACAGUCAGUUUGUCACUUCUUACCUUUAUCUAAUACAGUAGCAUGUUACUUAAGUUAUUCAUGGUUUUCUGCUAUCUUCUUUCUAUUUAAUCCUGAUUGCCAAAGCUCUCAAUAAAAAAACGCUUCACAGUG